AUGUGCAUUAAGCUUUUCAGGUUUUCUAAUAUAAGGGAACAACUGUACUAUCAAGAGGGGGUCCGUAUUGGAACUGUUUAUAUGGGGAUUGCGCCAGACGGGCAAACAAUUGCGGUGAAGAAACUUGCCGAAAAUACACCAAUCACGUGUGACAAAGUAUUCACUAACGAGGUUCAGAGUAUUAUGGCUCUGCAACUGCAUCAUGAAAAUGUAGUAAAGUUGGAGGGCUACUGCCAUGAAGCCCAAAAGAAAGUGGUGCAGAACAAUGGAAGAUAUAUUGUUGCAGACAUUGUUGAAAGUUUACUCUGCUACGAGUACUUGCCGCAGGGGAACCUUCAGAAGAAUCUUUUUGAAGUAUCCAAUGAUGGAAUGGACUGGGACACACGCUUCAAAAUCAUCAAGGGGAUCUACCAAGGUUUAGCCUUCCUACACAGCAUUAACAUUGUCCAUAUGGAUCUUAAACCUGAGAACAUAUUGCUGGAUGAUAAGAUGAUCCCGAAAAUUGCGGAUUUCGGUCUCUCGAGACUCUUCGGCCAAGAACAAACACGAAUGAAAACACAAAAUGUUGUUGGAUCGUAUUAA